GCUCAGAAGAGCUGCCACCCGCUCCACCCUCGCCCCUGUUCCUAUCACACAGGUGACACAUGACAUGCAGCCGUCUCCAGCACUGUCAGAAAUACCCCGCUCUGUGGGAGUGAGGGCAGAAAGCCUGACACCCCAAAUCUAAACUUAUCCUGGCUCUCCACAAAGAGGGGCGAAGAGAAAAGAACAGUAAAACAUCUUCAGUGUGCAUGACUUAUACGGAGACCUCGAUUGUCCCAGACCCUGAGGGUCCUGGGACGUACACUUUGAAGGGGCAGGUACUACUCACAGAGAACCAGCUGAGCGGCAUUUCGGAAUUAUGUCAUGUGGCAUUGGCUUGAAGGGAAUGCAAGCCAACUCGGUUCCUUACGUUGUUGACCUUACUGCUUUUUCAGUCUUAGGUUCCUGGAUAUGUGUAGAAGAACAGAAACUGACAGGUUUGUGGGAUUUCUGAACGUGGGCACAGAUGUCACUACAAGCCUCAUGGAAUCAGGUGGCAUCUUGACUGAGUCUUGAGCACGGUGAUUUUCAUGAACAAGCCCUGGGCAUAGGGAACAGCCGCGGUGUAGCCGGAGGUGCAGUGAGAACCGGUGGCUGGUGCCACAGUGCUUGCCAGCCACACUGGGCUCUUGACAGACACUGCUUCGUUUAUCCUUCAGGCCCAGCAGGCAUUACCAUCCCCCACCUCCCCCCAGGCGCCCGCCGGGAGGAUACCGAGAUUCAUACAGGGUAAGAGGAGAGAGUGUCAAACAAAUGACUUCUGUCCCGCCUCCCGGGAGGAGUCUCAUUGUGUGGAAGAUGACAAACGGCACAACAAUGCCUGCUGCCAGGAGCAGCAGGCUCGGGGUGUCAACCCACUCCACGGCUGGCAGGUGUCGCCAAGGAACACACAAGUCACCCAGCACCAGAUGGGAUCCCGCUUCAGUCACACGGAGAAGAGACGGAACAAGAGCUAUUUCAAUAGCGGGUGUCUGUCCCCCUGAGACCAGGGGUCUCAGUCUGCCACCAACCCAGGAUGAUGACCUUCACAUAGCAGCCUUCCUGCUGCAGGUGAAGGCCUCCUUCCCGCUCCACCUGGAAGAGAUCUAGCAGGGCGGGCUGGCUAGGAGCCACAUGACGCACAAGCUUAAGCAGAACAAAGGAGCACACUUCGAGCCUGGAACAGGGGAAAGACGGUUGCAGGAAACGGAUGAGCUCCACUCAACCUUAAUGUACCUUAUCUCUUGGAAAGAAAGGGUUUUAGGCCCAGGCCACUUUCCCGAAGCUAAGCAGGAGUCAAAGGCUACUUGUACCCGGUCAGUAUUCCCCACUGCUGGGACCAAGGUCAAGUUGUUGGUGAGGCUGCCUCUGGAUUUGGACAAAGGUCUCCCUGGCACUACAACCCAAGAGCUUUCUUAGCUGCGUUCAGUCACUCCUCCCCAAACCCAGGUAACAAGAUCUGUGUAUGCUGACACAUACCUACACUCCCUGUGUUGGGGAGGCAGAGACAGGAAGAUUCCUGGGCUUGCUGGCCAGUAAGCCCAGCCUGCUUAGAGAAUUCCAGGUCAAUGACAAACUAUUUCAAAGCAAAACAAAAAACAACAGCAACAAAUAAGAGGUGAAAAGUCUGAAAUGUCUGAAGGUGAGAGUCCCCUGACCCCUGGAAGGCGCCCCCCCCCCCCACCAACACAGCCCAUCAGCUAACAGAUUCCUAAGGGAAAAGAUGGCUUAGGUGAACGUCUGUAAUGCUGACCUCAAGAAUGGCAUUUCAGAAAAUGUGGCUCUCGUGCCCUGAAGCAUCUCCAUGCACAGAGGUUUAAAGCAGAAAGCUGGAUUCCAGAGAGAGAGGGGAGAGAGAGGAGAAAGGAGAAAGAGAGUGAGGAGAGAGAGAGAUGCACAAAAGAAAAAUAAUAACCUGGCAUCCAAAAUUUUUUUCAAUUAUAUACAAAAACAGACGCAAGGCCUGUUUAGCCCCGGAAGAUGUGACGUGCUGGUAAGACUGUAAAGGAUACUGGAGAGAUGGCUCAGCAGUCGAGUGGGAUUCGGAUUCCAGCACCCACGUAACAAGCUGGGCUUCUGGGGCACACCUAUAACCCCAGCUCUGAAGUGGAGGGGAAAGACAGGAGAAGAGCUGGGGCUUGCUGGCUUUUAGGCUAAGGGAGAAAGUGGGAGCCCCAGGUUUAAGGAAAGAGCCUCCCUUAAGGGAAUAGAUGGGUGGUGAUAGAGGACCUUCCAUGCCUUAUUCUGUCUCUGUGCAUACAUACACUAUUGCACGUGCACGCAUGCGUACACACACACACAUACACAUACACACAUGUGUGUGUGUGCGUGCGUGCAUGAGCAUACACUCACAUACAUGAAUAAAUACAUUGUUUUGAAAGUAUCUGAAAAGAAGGUGUGGGUCAGAUUCAGGCCCUUUGUGCCCUGUGCAGAUCCUUGGACUCUGAAUGCUAAGCCCCUGCAUUGUUUCUCCGAGGUUUCAGUAACAUGAGUAGACUGGGCUGGCUAAUUUGAAGAGUUACGACCCAGCAUUUGCACCCAGGGAGUCGAAGGUUAAAGGAAGUUCAGCAGAUGAUCUAUGUCCACCACACUCAUUUUAGAAACCAAGUUGCAUUUAGCAUUCAGAUCAUUGGAACUCUUCUCUGCCCAGUCCCCCUCUUCUCAGGGAAGCUUGCAGUUAAUUCUACGCAAUGUGCAUUGCUAAUGUGGAGGAACAGAGGCAUCCGUCAUCCUUGUGCUCCCUCGGAACGCCCACGCUGUGUCUCCUGCUCCCUUGCAUUUGACUUGGAAACCUCACAGACCUCCAAAGGAAGCUGCUCUGAUGUGCAAGGAGUUGAUUCCUAUUCCACUCAGUCCCUGCUAGUGUUGCCCACCUCUCCAGCUCUGUGAAGACUUGGGGCAGCAGGCUAAGGUGAAGAGGCCCUCGGUAUCUUCCUAUAUAUGGUUAGGAAGCAGAGGGAGGAGAGAUGGGUGCUGGGCUUGCAGAGUCUUCCUGUGGUGCCUCCAGCCAGUAGAACAGUAGCAGGCAAGAAGACAAUGAAUGUGUCCACCCAAGACUUCCAUCUGGACAAUUCAGUUAAUAAGGCCACAAAGGCAGGGGUUGAUUGUGUUUUGUUUUCAUGGCUGGGGAAUCCAGGAGAUCGGUAGAAUCCACAUUUGAGGUCAGACUCCGAGUUCCACCCUGGAUCUCCUGACUGCAAAUUGUGUAAUCUGUGUUUGUGUAAUGACUGAAAGUGCUUUCCGGUCAGAAUGGACCUAAACAGAAAGGCAAGCAAUGUCAGAGGUAGAGAGCAUGACUGUGGAGCCAAGAGGCACCACCGAUUUAGAUCCGAUUGAAGCAGCAUUUACCAGGCACCAGAGGGCAUCACCAGAGUGAACACAAAAUAAUGACGUGACCCUGGUCUAACGGAAAUUGGGGUGAGAGGGGAGAGGGAUGCGUACAAGGCAGAGAAAUCGGUGGGAAAUCCAAGAGAGUGUCGGCCAUUCUGCUUAUUUGUUUCCUUUGAGACAGGGUUUCUCUGUGUAGCCCUGGCUGUCCUAGAACUCACUCUGUGGACCAGGCUGGCCUGGAACCCGCCUCUGCCUCUCGGGCGCUGGGGUUAAAGGUGCUCGCCACCACACCUGGCAGUAUCAGUUAUUCUUAUUCUAUUAAAUCAUUUAUUCAGUUGGUAGUCACACCAACUGUCUUAGUUCCGUCAAGACCAUGCUCUGGGUAUACAGGUAAAUAAAACAGAGGGUUGGAGCUGUGAUUCGGUGGAUGAAGUGCUGGCUGCACAGCAUGGUGCCCUGUGUUUGGGUCUCCAGCACAGCUGCGUGCAUCUGUAACUCUAGGGCUGGGGACAGACAUAGGGGGAUCCCUGGAGCGCACUGACCAGCCAGUCUAGCCAGACUGAGUGAGAAACCUGCUUCAAAAAAUAAGGUGCAGAGACUGAAGAGAACACCCCAGGCCAACCUCUGGUGUCUAGAAGUGCAACACAUACACACACACACACACACACACACACACACACACACACACACACACACCACACACCAGGAACCACUAUUCAAACGCUAAACCGUAGCCCCCUAAAUAAACUUAAAAAAAUCCACUCCUGGCCUCUAGAACAGACACACUGAUUUGGUGUUUUGUAAAGUCCUCCCUAAACCUGAGGCUGACUGUAGUUACCACUUAGCUCUGGUACUGGUCUGGUAAAACAACAGAUGAAGAGCCAGCGACAUGGAGAAGGGACUUGUGGCCCACCUCUUUCAGGAAGGCUACCCUGGCUGGUCCAACCCACCGGAUCCUGGUACUCUCUUAGCCCAACCCCCAGAGCAGAGCCUGUGUGCACUGUGAUUGGGGGGGGGGACCCAGUAGGUUUGCUCCUUUGACUUCUGUGAGUCUUCCAAGGUCAUUGUGAUGAGGGUUCCGGGGCCUUGUGACACACCUGGCUGGAUCUGUUCAAGUGGGGAAGCCAAGAGAGGCUCUGUUCCUUUAGGGAAUGCAAGGAAGAGCCCCUUCCCUGGCUCCCUCAGCAUCACUAGGGCUCCGCAGGAGAUCUGGACACAGGCAACUCCAAAGACAGCUGAAGGGAAACAUGACCACCCUUUCUCCGGAAAACAGCCUCUCUGCGAGGCAGUCAGCCACCUUCAUCCUGGAGAAGAGAAAACCCCCGAUUGACAAGACGGAAUGGGACAGCUUCUUCGAUGAGAAUGGUCACUUGGCCAAGUCUAGGGACUUCAUUUGUGUUAACAUCCUGGAAAGGGGUCUACACCCCUUCGUGAGGACAGAAGCCUGGAAAUUCCUCACAGGCUACUACUCAUGGCAGAGUUCCCGGGAUGAGCGGCUCAUGGUGGACAGCAACAGAAGGAGGAACUACAAAGCCUUGUGCCAGAUGUAUGAGAAAAUCCAGCCCCUGCUGGAAAACUUGCAUGGGAACUUCACAGAGACUAGGAACAACAUCGCAUAUGACAUCCAGAGACUCUAUGACAAAGAUCCCCUGGGCAAUGUGCUUGUGGACAAGAAGAAACUGGAGAAGACCCUGCUGCUGAGUUAUGUCUGCAACACGAAGGCUGAGUACCAGCGAGGCUUCCAUGAGAUGGUGAUGCUCUUCCAGCUGAUGGUGGGGCAUGAGCAUGAGACCUUCUGGCUCUUCCAGUUCUUCCUGCAGAAAACAGAGCACAGCUGUGUCAUCAACAUCGGGGUAGGCAAGAACCUGGACAUGCUUAACAGCGUGAUCACUUUACUGGACCCUGAAUUUGCUGAACACCUCAAAGGGAAGGGCUCAGGAGCUGUGCAGUCUCUCUUCCCCUGGUUCUGCCUCUGCUUCCAGCGUGCCUUCAAAUCCUUCGACGAUGUCUGGAGGCUCUGGGAGGUCUUGCUGACGGGGAAGCCCUGCAGGAAUUUCCAGGUGCUGGUGGCCUACAGCAUGCUACAGAUGGUGCGUGAGCAGGCACUGGUGGAGAGCAUGAGUGGUGACGCCAUCCUCCUGGCCUGCAACAGCCUCAUUGACCUUGAUGCUGAUGAGCUGAUCUCUGCUGCCUGCAUGGUUUAUGCUGAGCUCAUGCAAAAGGAGGUUCCUCAGCCAUUAAAGGAUUUCUUUCUCUGAGAACGCCAACACUCACAAUGGACACAUGCCCUCAAUGGACUGGAUGAAGGCAAUUCUUCAGCCAUGCGGUCAGGGUCAAGUUCAAUGAGUAUUGGGAUGAGGGCAUAGACAAUACAACACAUGGAAACAGUCUUUGAAGUAUUGGUUUGUGGUGGUCACGAGUCUUUUUUGACCUUGCAGUGCAUGAUAGUUGAGGCCAUAUAGUAAGUGGACAGACACUGUGAGACUAUGGAGAAGGCAUACUGGGACAGGACGGCGUGGGACAGCCACCCUUGGUGACUGAUGGGUCUUCAGAGAUCCACACCUAAAAGCAAAUGGGUAGGGUAGGACCAGCUUUGAAGCCUCCCAGACACUUGCCACAGACGAGAGUGAACACACAUCUGGACUCAAGUUCUAAGGGGAGAUGAGCUGUGGCCUUUGCAUCUGUCCCCACUACCCCUUACUCUCAACAUAGUUCUUCCAUUCUCUCCCACACCCUAGACUUCCCACCAACUCUGGAAGAACCAACUGAAAUCUCUGGCCACCAGGUUGUCCCCUCCUGGUCUCAAAGUCUUCCUCAUGACUCUACCUUUACUCCACCACCUCCAAGUGUCUCCUUGAUCGAAGCUGGGUUUCUCAGCCUUCCUCAUCCUCUCCUGAGACUUCAUUCUGCCCUUGCCCAGGAAACUAUUCUCUCUUGGGGCAAUUGGCUCAGGUCCCCCAGGCCAUGC